GUGAUAUGUCAAUCAAAUCAAACAGCCGAAUUAGCCUUCUUUCUUUCUAUUUUAUUUCACUCGCGUAAACAGGUGAGAAAGGUGGAAAUUGUUUCAUAUAAAUAUUUAAUCAAUAAAAGAUUUGCUACAGAGAUCUACAACCAAGGUCCUCGUUCAAUAUGGGGUUUAUAUUCGGAUUAAUAAGAAAAAUAUUAAAAAUAUUUAUUUUUUUCGCUAUAUUCGCAAGCUUAAUUGUAUUAAUUCCGAAUUUACCACCCUAUACUACAUUUACGAAAAUAGAUCUUGAACCGCUGCAACCUUUUGUAGGGGCAUUGGCCCCCAAUGAAAUUUUGAACAAUCCUGAGAAGCUGUACUUAGACAAGGUGCUGGGCCCCGAGGCGUUCCAGAUUUAUAAAGGGGAAGUUUACACCAGCGUUGCGACUGGAGAAAUUGUUAAACUCUCUCCCGGAGGCCAUGUCACAUUUGUUACCAAAAUCGGACAACCUUGCACUGGUAUUAAGGAGGAGCACAUUUGCGGCCGCAUUCUAGGCUUUGUGAUAGAUGAAAAGAAAAACCAGAUGUAUGUGGCUGAUGCUUAUCUUGGUAUUUGGAAGGUGGAUUUGAACACAGACAAAAAGGAGUUGCUGGUCUCUCCUCGCACUGCCAUCAAGGGACAAUAUCCUAAGCUGUUCAACUCUGUAGCACUUGAUGGCAAUGGUAACCUAUACUGGACACAUUCUACCACUGACUUUGAUCUGAAGGAUGGAGCAUAUUCAAUGCUGACCGACCCCACUGGGAGAUUACUCCAAUACAAUGCUGCUACAAAUCAUAGCACAGUACUUGUAGACAACAUAUGGUUUGCAAACGGAUUGGCAGUUUCCCCAGACAACCAAUUUGUAGUUGUGGCCUCUACGUGCAGCUUCAAGCUUCAGAAAUAUUACAUCAAUGGGCCCAAGAAAGGAAAGACAGAAGACUUCGUUGUUGGCCUACCAGGCACGCCGGACAACGUGCGCGCGCUGCCGGACGGGUCGGGCGUGCUGGUGGGGCUGUACGCGGUGCACGCGCCGCACGACCCGCUGCUGACGCGCGCGCUCGCGCCCGUGCCCGCCGCGCGCAAGCUGCUGGCGCGCGCGCAGCGCCUCGUCGAGCUCGCCGCAGAAUCGCUUCACAACCUCUACCCGCAUGUGCUGUUCGAGGACAUCAUCUACAAUAUUGGACACUUCAAGACGACGAACGCGUUCCUGCCGAAGACCUCUGGUUUGUUACAAAUUGACUGGGAUGGCAACAUCGUCGCCUCGUACUACCACACCCAGGGACAGAUACAUGUGAGCGAUGCGGUAGUGUUCGGGGACCGAUUGUACCUCGGCCAGCCGCAUUCACAAAACUAUGUGGGUUCCGUCCCCGCGCCGCCCCAGCUGAAAAAGGCCUUCGCGGCGAAUGUUCAGCAGAAGGCUCAGGAGAAAAAAGAAGUGCCGAAAGCCGAACCGCCUAAAGCCGCGCCGAAACCCAAACAGGUCGACCCUGUUAAAAUUGCGACGCCGAAACCGGCCGAAGCUAAACCUCAGGUGGUGACGCCCAAGCCGACGCCGCCGCCUCCUAAGCCGACUGCGGCUCCAGUCAAGGUUGAAAAGAAAGAAACACCUGCCCAGCCAAAAGUAGAAGUUAAUAAAGAGGCUCCGAAACCGACAACGGCUGCACCGCCUCGCACCACACCUAAACCUGCCACUAAGACCGAGACCGUUCCAACUACGACACCGAAACCGGUGGAGAAGACGACGAAAGCGCCUCCACCUUCGGCUGCUCCGGCCAAACCCGCGCAAGAAGCUAAACCGAAACCGAAUGUUGCGCAAAAAACUGAAACAAAACCUCCAUCCAAACCUGCCCCGGGAAAGACCGCGACUGAACCGCCCGCGGCGAAACCGGUGGAGAAGAAUCAAGCUAAACCCGACAGCCCUAAAGCAAAGGUUGAAACUAAAACAAAGCCGACUCCGAUUAUAGAAGAAAUUCCCUCGGACACAAUUAAACCAAAUAAAGAAACAUUGAAAGUAAUUAAGAAAGAGGGACCAACAGAAAUCCCAAAUCCAAAUUUGUAAAUACCUACCUAAAUAAAUUCAUUUGACACAUACUAUGUGUAAGUAAAAAAAAAUGCAAAAAGGUAAGCCAACAACAAAUCAGAUCAAUUUUAAAGUCGAGUUUAAAUUAUAUUAAAUUAUUUAUUAACUAUUGAGAGUGAAAAUAUUCAUAUUUUAAGCAAAAUUGGUUAUAUUUUUGUAGGACAUUGUAAACAUAUUAGACGAGUGAGCGAAUUCAUUUCAGUGUUGUAAUUGUACAUAAAGUAAGACCGAUAUUUUAGAAACUAUCUCAGAUUGAUGGAAGUUAAAUCUCAUGUCUGCAUUUACAACAGACAAUCACGGAAAUGAUAAGUCAAAUGUUUGAAGAUCGCGAUGCUUUUGUUAUAAUUUCGCUAUUUUGAUCUCUUCAGUAACAACUUUAUUUUAAUUUUGAACUUUAAAUUUUCAUGGGAAUAACUAAAAUCGCAUAAAUUAGAUUUUAAGUUCGUGGGUUUGGUAUUGGUGGGCUAAUGCAUUUAUAGGUACCUAUUAUGUUUAAUAUUUGUAUUGUAUUUAUCAUAUUCGGAAUGGCUGAUACUAUGUAAAUCUCCAAUGUCAAUUCUUUAUUCCUUAUCUCUCACAUUCCAUUAGCAUUCCACGCUAGGACCAAUGGGCGUAGUCUUUAACUUAAAUUAGUUUAUUAACAUUUUCCUUUGCUAUACCUUUGAAAUGUCUUUUUUGGACCUAAAUCUAAGUACCUAUUAAAAUUUUAACGAAAAGAUAACUGAAUUAUUUAGUACCUUUAUAAGUUACCGUUGUUAUCAGUCUCAUUAUAGUGCAAUAAAUUCUCAACUUAUCAAAGAACCUAGUUCGAUAAACAGUAUAGUACUGUCAAGAUACUCGAUCCAUGACUAACCACUACAAUUAUUUUUUUUAUUAUA